GAUCGAGCAAAUAGAUAAAUAUUCUAUAAAAGUAGCGAAAGCGAUGAAAAAUAUGAAACGCAUCUCGUGAUCGAAUGUUUGAUUAAUAUUCGCGCGAAAUAUACCUCUUUCUUUCUUUCUAUAUAUAUUAUAAUACGAGUACAUCGACCAAGUUGACGAAAUGAAAGUAAUCCGCAAGUGCAGCUGUAAUUUAAUUCGCGUAAUGUUUCUCAAACCGGUUUAGAGUAUGAAUAAGAACGUUUUCAUUUUAAGUUGAUUAAAAUGCAGCUUCUCUCGCUGGGUCGUUUAAGUAACACAAAUGCACUUAAUGCAAAGUGGUGUGAUCUCCUCUCCAAAACAAAAUUUCUCUUAGGUUUCGAGAUUUCACCAUGGAGAUAUUAGUUUAAGAUUCAAUUGAACUUAAUUUGAUUAAUUGAAAUAACACAAUUUCAAAAAAUAUUCCCUCCUCGUGAUCUCGUCUCUCUUCGUUUUAUAAAUAACACUUAUUCUUUUUCAGUUUUUAUUUAAUCGCGAUUACAAAUCUGUUUCAGAGGAUUGGUAGAAAUUUCACCAGGUACAUGCCAAUUAUCGUUGCCAGUUCUGUAUUAGUAUUUGCACAACCUGUCGUUCCGAACACGUAGGCGUGAUCAUCGAUCGCGUAUCCUAUCGAAACUUCGAUAUUUAUAAAAACGAGGACGUUGUUCCUCCUUUCCUUCUUUAAGUCACGCACAGGUGAGGAUGAUCUUUGGCGAAAGAAAAAGAAGGAAAAAAAAAAUAUCGUUGCACGAUAUUUAUAAUCAUACUGUACUCUUCAAGAAUGCACGAGGCAAAGGUAAUCCACCGCGAAAGAAUUCGAAUUUUUCUUGGACGCAGAUUGGAAAUUCCUAACACGUGCAAUUUUAUCUCGUUAUUUAAAUUUCAUUCUUUUCUUUCUCUUUUUCUUCUCGUUCCAAUCCUCGAAUAACAAUAAGAUAUUAUUUUUUCAAUUAUACAAGCGAUUCGUAAUACGAUUCGAUACACGUAUAAAAAUGAUAUAGUAUGUCAAUGAUAUAACAAUGGAUGACAAUAAAUUUUAUAAUAUAUAAUUACUUCCGUCAAUAAUACUUGCAUCUUUCGACGAAAGAACGUCUUAAGGAUCGCUUUAAUAAUAUAUUAAAUUCUUCAUGUAGGUCAAAUGAUAAAAUCUUGUGCACAAAAAAAAAAAAAGAAAAAUCUUGCAUUGUAUAAAUUUAUUGGAGGACUUCACGAAGAGGCGAUCUCUAUAGUUUGAGAUAAAUGAAGAUGAACAGUCUAGUCAGGGAUGUUCAGUGUCAGCAUUAUUGAUGUAAAACUCGAGACAAGUCGAAUCUUCUUUUUCUCAUAUUUCAACAACGUUUCCUCCUUCCUUUGAUAUUAUUCCGCGUUCAGUACAGAUAAAAUUGAUAGUGGUAAAACUAAAAACAAAUUGGACGCGCCUUGUGCACCAGUCCAACCCCAUAUAAUUUCUUGGUAAUUAAAUUGGGCGUGCCGAGUUUUUAUCGAAAAACGUGCAGGCCUCGAAGCAUUUUCGUUUCCCGGAACCAUUUGAUAAUUUCAAUUUUCUUUUUCUAUUUCCAUUUUCAUCGAUCGUGAACGAACAUGCAAAUAUUUCUUAAUAACGAAAUAUUUGCUAAAACACAAUACGAAAAUUGAAAUACGAUUUCUAAAAAAGAAUCUCGCGUUCUUUCUUCUCCUUUCUUUUUCUUUUCCAUUUUAUUUAUACGGAAUGGUGCACAGAGGCAUUUAAAUUCUUUUUAAAAGAAAGAGUCGACAAAAAUAUGAUAUUGAUGAUUGUCCAAAAAACAGGGACGGAAACAGAUUGAUUUUCGAUGGUGAAACCGAACGCUGACACCAUCGUGAAAUCUUAGACGGAAGCAGGAAAUGGGCGCAGAUGGUGUACACGUCACACUCCGCUAGAGACUACAUAUUAGGAUGGCAAUAAACGCUUGCCAUGAUCGCGAAUCUUUUCAAUUAAAUCUUGUCAUUUUGCAAAUAAAUAAAUGCCGUAUAUAGGUUAAAGUACAAUUUACGUUCGAUCUAAUCGAAUGUAUUUUCAUCGAUCAGCGAAGGGAAUUUAAUUAAAUAAAGCCCAUAAACGAUGCACUCUUGUGUAUAGCGCUGUAUUUAUACUUCGAUCGGAUCAAAUUGAUCAAACCUCGUUCUGUCAACGAGGUCUGAUUCUGUUAAUUUGACAAUUCGUAUAUAUAUAUGGAGAAAAUGUCAGGGGAUGAUGUCGUCGUCCGCGUGCGUUUCUUUCGUGAAAAAUUUCCUUCGAGGGUUGGAAUGAUGUAACGAGGGGGGGGGUUAAAUCCUGCGGAGCGUAAAUUUCGACGGGGGGGAGUUCAGCUCGGUUGUAAAAACUAAAGCCGGGCGUAAGAACGUUGGUGCCGCGGUCUCAUGGCAAAACGAGGUUAAAGGUAUCCGACUGCGGCAGUGUCGUAUCGAUUCCAGUCGAGCUGACAUUGCCGCCGUGAAAUCUCGAGAUGUUGACAACCUACACGGUGGAUUGUUUUACUCGAAACACUCCUCUCUUUUUCUCUCUCUCUCUGUGUUUCAGGGUGAAAGGGCAUACGAGCAGAUCGAGGCAUGUCCAAGUAUUGGCUGAACGUGGCCCUCAUCAGGGUUGUCUUGCCGCUCGUCUUCACCGCAUGUGUAGUAUGGAGGCCUGUAGGAUUGUCACUAGUUUAUUUGGCUCUGAUGCUAUAUUCGCCCCACGUGCCAAUACCGGACUCAAAAACAAUGGCCGGCCACACGGGCCACUAUUUAAAAACUUGCAUCGGCCUGUCUUUUCUCACAACAACCAGCCAAAUCACUUUCCACAUAGUUUUACUGGCUCUGCCCACUUACGGACACUUCCUCCACAAUUGCGAACCUAUGGAAGUGAUCUUCAGACACUUAGGUUUCGUAAGGCUAGAUAGCGCGACCGAGUGGGAGAUAUUCUUCUGGUUGACACCAGAAUUAAUCGUCCUACCCACUAGUACAAUAAUAUAUUUCAUAUGUCGUUUCCUAUCGCAAAAAACCAUCACCGAAGAAGGAGACGCCUCAUUGCAUCAAAACAUCGAGGCCUCUAAGAAAAUCGUAGAUGGAAAUAUUAAGAUCAUCAACUUCUUAGGACGCAUAGGUACUUACGUGGUACUGGCAUCGUUAUGCAUCGCAGCAUCUCUGAAACCUUCGAUCGAAGGCGGUUUCUAUUUCCUCAUCUUCUUGGGAGCUUCGACCUGGUGGGCGUGCAACAAAGAGCUUCGAAAAGGGUUCGCCAAGCUGUGCAGGAUCUUGAUGGCGGUCGUGGUACUUCAUAUCCUGGUUCUGCUCAGCUACCAGAAUCAAAUACCUCAAGAAUUAAUACCCGUGAACAGCACUUGGCAACGAUACCUUGCCCUGAUUCCCGUCUAUCGAAUCAACUGCUCGAAUCCAAGAUACGUGGAAUACACCGAUUAUACAGAUUGGCUGAUUUACGGAUACUCCCUGAGACUGUUCUGGCUUUAUUUCGUUCUGGCGUUGCAAUCACAGUUCCUCAGCAAAAAGCCGAACGUUGCUUUUACUAACGAGGCGUUCCAGGCAAAGAAAGUGAAACGUUUGAGCGGGAAACUGGAGAAUCUGAACACUCCGUUGUCCAGGCACGUUUCCAUCAGGAGAAGGACACCAUCUCAAAGAUGGCAAUCGGCGCGACGAAAGGCUCGCUUGAUGCGAUUUGGGUCCGGGAGAACGGGGCUACUGCAAGAUUCAACCGGAAGCGUCAUCGUCCAGGAUGGCCAUCAGGAUGACAACAUUCAGAUGCAAAGUCUCAGCGAUGCUGGCCCAGAUGAACAAUCCGGAGUUAUCGAGCAUAUCAUCAUGGCCGUAUACUCGAUCUUCCAGUUGAUAAUUAAUUCGUCUUAUCUCGCCACGAAUAUCAUAAUGAUGACGUGGAGUAUAAUGUAUCACAGUUGGACAACUUUUGCACUCUUGUUAUGGGCAUUGAUCCUUUGGAUGGUCCCUAAUAAACGGGCUUUGAUGAUGAAGUGUUCUCCCUUCAUCGUUUUUUAUUCGAUGCUCCUUGUCAUCGUGCAAUACGUUUACAGCAUGGAUUUGACGGAGGAAGAAUUACCAACGCAAAUAAACGGGAUAAAAGUGUCGGAAAUCGGUUUCAUCAAAACUGAUCAGCUAAGUUGCUGGCAUUUAGUGGUCAAAUGUCUAUUUCUAUCGAUGUUCUGGAUAACCAUGAGACAAUACACGGGCGAAAGAUCGAGGCAGAGACGUUCCUCGGCGUUGAGAGACAUGGUGGCACCGUUGCACGUAUCUGUUUCGACAGCCACCACAGCGAUGAACCACGAAGCCCCGGAAAUUAAAAGCAAAUUCAUGCUGGAUGUCGGUAUACUUUUGAAAAAAUUGUUGACCAAAUUUUGGAUCGCAGUGGUGACCAUCAUGCUGUUCAUUUGCGGAAUCACUGGUGAACGUAUGACGGUGUUCAGGAUCAUUUACAUGUCUCUCUUCCUUGUUCUAGUUAUUACUUUCCAGAUAUCUUGGACAGUUUGGAGAAAGAUGAUGUAUCCAUUCUGGCUCACAGUUAUCGGUUAUUCCGUAAUCAUGCUGAUUCUUGUAUAUACUUAUCAAUUUCACAAUUUUCCAGAAUAUUGGAAUUAUUUGCAUAUCGACGAGAACUUGCAAAAAGAUAUCGGUUUAGAAAAAUACGAGAUUAAGGAUCUUUUCGUUAGAUUACUCACACCAACAUUCUUCGUAAUUAUUACGGUCCUUCAGAUCCAUUAUUUCCACAAAGAUUUCUUAGAAGCGACCGAUCUCGAGAAAUUCGGACUCGAGGAUCCAAAUCAUCAAAUCGAACGACCGAGCCAUUCACCAAUGAUUGUAACCAUGCCACCAUCCUCCCCAGAACAAAUUUUUCUCAAUGACGAAAAACCUAAAUACACGUUGAAACAGUUAAAACACAUGUCUAAAAUAGAAUUCGUAGCGUUGUUCAGCGAUAUAACGACGCAUGUAAAAAAUUUCUACAACUAUAUUUGGCUCUUUUUCGAAAUUCACAUGCGAAAGAUCAUUUUUAUUUCCGUGAUGCUUCUCUGCGUCAACGAUGUCUGUGCUAUUAAUUUAAUAUUCGUCUUGAUAUCAGUUAUAAUGAUCAAUUUUCGAAGAAGCGUCCAAAUAUGCACCGUGAAUAUAGUGGCAGCGAUAAUCGGUAUAUUAAUGGUUGGAAAAAUGCUGUAUCAAAUUCAAUAUAUCAAUCACAGCAAUUGGGAUAUUAAUUGCACGAUAGUUCCAGAGAAUCAUCGAUUUAGCAGCAACAACACUAUGUACAACAUAGCGGAAUGGUUUGGAAUAAAGAAAGCCGAGCCGGGAAAUCUGGCAGAGUUGUUGAAAGGCUACAUAGGGAUCAUAGUGGUGACUACUCUCAGAAAGAUAAUUAGAAUUCGGCAAUGUUUCUACAGAAAAGCUCGAGGAGAACCUUUGGACAGGCCUUAUGUCAUGUUCCCCUCAAUCACCAGACCGAAUGCUGACGAAGGAAUACCACAAUGCUUGAAAUUCCUUUUCAAUUACGCAUUCUACAAGUUUGGCGUGGAAUUCUGUUUGAUAGGGAUCGUGGCACUUAUCGCUACCAGACUCGAUUUCUAUUCUGUUCUCUACGGUGUCUGGCUUUUAAUAUUGUUCUGUCUGAGGAGAAGAGUCUUAUGCAAAAUUUGGCCCUUCUUCAAGUUCUUCAUCAUAAUUCUUCUGCCUAUUCAAUAUGCUUUCGUCGUGGCACCUCCUCCCUGGCUUUGCAUAGACUAUCCAUGGGAAAAGUCGAGAAUUUUGAGGGUAUUACAGGAGUGGAUGUACCUGCCAGAUCCUGAUUUUCCACCUAAUGCUAGAAAAUUAAUGUGUGAUUUUCUGCUAUUAAUGAUGAUCGUCAGGCAGAGCCUCGUUUUCAAAAUCGAAAAGCGGAGCGAGGCAAGUGGCGAAGAGUUUCCAGCCGGUCACAAUUAUUCCGUGUACGAAAACAUAGAGAAACCAAACUUCGUUAACCCUGUGAAGGAUUACGUGUCCGAUGCUCACACUUAUUUAGAUAUAGUGAAACGUGGCGUAUUGAUAAGUUUGAUGUGGAUCGCUUUAUCGAUCGUGUUCCUUGCUGGAACAGAGAGGACUAAUCUGUUCUCGUUGGGUUACUUGAUCGGCGCGUUCGUGUUCCUCUGGCAAGGAAGCGACUUUUACCUGAGGCCAGUUCAAACGAUUUUAACGUGGUGGAACUUGUUGAUCGGCUACAACGUGGUCGUCAUAUUCGCCAAGUCUCUGUUCCAAGGUGUCGGUUGCGUGAUGAUAGAGCAGAUGCAAAUGGUAGCGUGUCCGUUCAUUCAAUUGUUCGGUAUAAUUUGUGUAAGAAAAUUCAAAAGUCCGAUCACCGAUUUGAUCCCGGAAAAAUUGGAUUGCGACGUGCCCGAGGAGGACAUAGGGAUGAUCUGGGACGGGUUGUGCUUCACCUUCCUAUUAUUCCAAAAACGAUUGUUCAAGAGCUACUACUUUUUCCACAUAGUCAACGAAACGAAAGCUAUGAGCAUCCUGGCGUCGAGGGGCGCGGAAUUGUUGGAAGAGUUGCAUCAGAAACGCAUCGAGAUCCAAGAAACCAUCGAGAAGAACGUGUUGCAAAAGUUGAAGUUCAAGAUGGACCAGAUCAAGGCGAAUCAAAGAAAAAUUCAAGGCCCCAGUUACAGGGAGCCAGAGAUACACGCAGUCGAUACUCUCUAUCCAAGGACACGGCCGUUGUACAGAGUUCGCGCGCCAAAGACCAACAAAGAGGCUAUUAGAUCGGGUGAUUAUUACAUGUUCGACGAAUUGGACGACGACGACGUCACCGACAUGAUCCCGGACACCGAGUCCGAGAAGAGGGAAGCGGAGAAACAACGCGAGUUGGAGCAACGCGGAAGAAGAAUGACCAUUUCCGAGUUGAUGAACACGCUGAUUAAGACAGACAUUGAGAUCGCGACGCACGUCGCCAAGUACGGAGGGACUGAAAAGGACGCGCUGAGACUACGUCGUCGGAGUGAGCCUUUAACAAGGAAGAAAUCGUCUAUGUCGUAUCUCAGUGCACGUUCCGAGACCGCAGUGGCCACCGAUGCUGCUGAUGUGACAUCAGUAGAAACCGAGGAGAAAGACGUGGAGGAACGUGAGAAGACACCGGAAGUCGAGGAAGAUAAGAAGGAUGAAGAGGAAAUACCGAUGAAGGAAGAAAGAAUAUCUAUCGCGACGUAUUUCAACUUUCUCAUAGUGAUAAUUAAUAGCACCUUCAUCUCGAUGACAAGAUAUCUGAAUCGAUUUUCACGGGACUACAGAUACAUUCGUAAAGUUUUAACGAAAGAGAAAAAAUUAUUGAAGGCAAAACCAGAUCUACAAAUGGGGAUACGACUUGGUAUAAAUAAAAUGUGGCAGCCAAUGAAUUUUCUGAAGAAAGAAUCGACUAAUGGAAAUACCGAGGAAAUUCACGAUGCUGGUGAAGGUCCUAGCCAACCACGGCCGCAAGAGCAGAGCACACUUUUCUCCGAGAUUUCACCUGUUCAACACGAUGAUGACCGUGGGGAAUUAUCGGAAGCCGAUCAACCACCAGUCAUACAAUUCUUGGCGUCUAUUUGGUUUGCAAUUUUGUCGCAUUCGUCUCUAUUUUGUUACUUCAUGGUAUUCCUUCAUCAAAUUAAAAAUGCGUCUGUUCUCUCCAUCCCUCUACCUCUCAUGGUAUUCUUCUGGGGUUCGUUAACCAUCCCUCGACCCUCGAAAACGUUUUGGGUAACGUUGAUCGCGUACACCGAGGCAAUUGUUAUAGUGAAGUGCAUUUUUCAAUUGGAAGUAUUGCCUUGGAAUCGAGAUCCUGCACCGAAUAACCCUCUCUUUACCCCUAGGAUUAUGGGGGUUGAACGCAAAUUUAAUUAUGCCCUGUGGGAUUUAUUAUUGCUCCUCGUGGUGUUCUUCCACAGAUUUAUGCUCAAGUCAUUGGGUCAAUGGACAUCUUUGUCUUUGAAACCAAGAAAAAUUAUUCCUUCGACUUUAACUUUAGUUCCGUCUAAACCAUCCGAAAGAGGCCAAGGAGAGCCUGUUACAUUACGACACGAAACGAAGGAUAAUAUUCUCACGACACCUAAGGGAAGAAUUCUAAACCUUCAACCAAGUGUGAUCGAUGGUGAAAGUGUGCGAACCAGUGAUGAGUACGAACAACUUGUCGCGAUUCAAGGGGAGGAAAGGAGUCCUAUGGACGAAGACUUUAACAAAGUUAUGAAACUGAUGAUCAUCAAAUAUACAGAACCAAUGAAACAUUUUUUCCAUAAAAUCAUUAGCCCAUAUGGAAAGGAAAAGACGAACGUAUACGCGUACAUGUUCCUCUGCGACUUUUUCAAUUUUUUGCUGUUCAUUUUUGGAUUUUCCGCAUUUGGAACACAACAAGGUGACGGUGGUGUGGCAACUUAUUUACAAGAGAAUAGAGUUCCGAUGCCGUUUCUAUUGAUGCUGCUAUUACAAUUCUCAUUGAUAAUCAUCGACAGAGCCUUGUUCCUAAAGAAAUCGAUCUUGGGCAAAUUAAUUUUCCAUUACUUCCUAAUACUCGGCAUUCACAUUUGGAUGUUCUUCAUUUUGCCGAGUGUGACUGAAAGACGAUUCAACGAGAGGCUACCGCCUCAAAUUUGGUACAUGGUCAAGUGUUUCUAUCUCUUAUUGGCAGCCUAUCAAUUAAGACAAGGUUAUCCAACGAGGAUACUCGGUAAUUUCCUAUGCAAGAAUUACAGUAUUAUCAAUUACGUUUUAUUCAAAGGAUUCAUGUUGGUCCCAUUCCUGUUCGAGUUGAGAGCAGUGAUGGAUUGGAUCUGGACUGAUACUUCCAUGACAAUAAUGGAUUGGUUCAAAAUGGAAGAUAUCUUCGCCAAUAUUUAUCAAAUCAAAUGUAUGCGAGGGGUAGAAACAGAUUUCCCUCAACCACGAGGCGAGAAGAAGAGUCAGAUAAGCAAAUACUUAAUGGGUGGUGCCGCUCUAUUUUUCAUGAUCGGACUAAUAUGGUUCCCUUUGCUCUUAUUUGCCCUCGGUGGCACCGUCGGCAUCUCCAAUCUACCAUACGACGUUUCCAUGAAAAUAAGAAUCGGCCCCCACGAGCCCAUCUACUCAAUGUCGGCGCAAGGCCAAUCCAUCAUCGAAUACAGCGAAUUCGAUUACACGAGAUUUGUCAAUUUGUACGCGAAAGACAAAACUGCGAUGACUUUCCUCGAGAAUUACAUACAUUCUGAUGUUGCUGCUGUGAGAUUGAGCGGAUUCUCGAGGAAAUUAUGGAAUAUAUCUCCGCCAGACUUGGAAAAAUUGAUAGAGGAAUUAAGAGACAAUAAAACAACGGUGAUUGUUCACGUGGAGUGGACGGUGUCUCGGAGGACAGACGCGAAAGAUGCGACUGGAAUAACCACGACAAUUCGAGACAUAAAAUUGAAACCGUAUGAAAACAAGGAAUUUAAUCCCGUGAGAGAAACGUUAGCCGAUAUACUUUCCAACUUAACCAUGCCCCACACUAGCACUAUCAUAUUGCCGUACGCUUUCCCAAAAUUUCUGAAAGUAACCGGUCGUACCAUCACCAUCGUUCCGCAAUUAAUGAUGCCGAAAUGGUUGGAAAUAGAGAACGAUAAAAAAGUAAAAAAUAAUUAUCUGUACAGAAACAUUAGUCUUUCUUUAUCUUUGGAACCGGACUGUUGCUCGCAUAAAAAGUGGUGGGUUGUCAAUGAGGUAUGCAACGACACUUUGUACGAAAAUUUGUUAAGCAGGGUGCCUCUAAAUGACUGCAAAUACAUCAUGAUGUAUCUAUUCAACGAUAAAACGUUCCCCGAAGGAUUGAGUUUUAUCAGUGGAUUAGGAAUCUUAGGUCUGUACACUACGGCCGUAAUAGUGAUAAGCCAGAUGACCAGGAAGGUGGUGACCGAUUUGGCGCCAAGAAUUAUGUUCGAUGAUCUGCCCUACGUCGAUAGGAUACUUCGAUUGUGCUUGGAUAUUUAUUUGGUCCGUGAAAGUGGAGAGUUGAGCCUCGAGGAAGAUUUGUUCGCCAAAUUAAUAUUCCUUUAUAGAUCGCCAGAGACGUUGAUCAGGUGGACAAGGCUUCCCGAGGAAGGGGAGAGAACUGAUAACGAAGAUCAAGAUGACGCGGAUGAGGAUGCUGCGAUAUCUCGGCAAUAAACGUUUGUCGAACGUUUAUAAAUGAACGAAACGAUAUUUGGCCUGUUCUUUGGCCAAGAACAUUUUUUGUUGAGUCAAAGAUUUUGAAUAUUUUAUCACUUAUCGCGAAUUGUGAAUUCAUUAUCAGUAAUUUCGAAUAGUUUUGGAUAAGACAAUAGUUGGCGCACUUAUUGCGAAAGUGACGCGAAGAAUGUGGUUCGAAAAAUUCGAAAAACUCAGGAAUUUAUUAUAAACGUGUUUAUUGUUAAAGAAAUUGAUUAACGAAGAUCGUUCCUAUCUUCGAAUAUGUAUAUUAUAAAGAUGUAUAUACGCAAGUAAUGGAGAGAGGAAAUUAUAAGAAAUUAGAAGAAGCGGAAGAAUUGAGAAAAGUUCGAGGAUACAUUAUACGAUAGAAUUAUUUAUUUCUUAAUCGUAUUUUUAAGCGAAACAGGUUUUACUAAUUUUUAUUUUAAUAUUUAUAGGAUAAGGAAUUUAAUAUUAAUAAUAUUUAUCGCUUUGUCGUAUUCAUAUUUUUAAGAUAUGAAAAAUUGUGAUUACGAAACACGAGUAAUUCAAUUUGAAUGAAAUGCUUUAUAAGAUUAAGCAUCUAAUGGAUAAGUUUGUUACAGCACGUGCAGGAUAGUGCUUCGUUUUUAUCUCUAAUUUAUCUACAAUUCAUGCCUAAAACCGAACUGUAUUUCUAGCAUUUAAAUUACAUCUUCAUAGGUAAGAAGUUAAACUCAUUACUAUUAAAAAGUUAGAAUUCCCGAUACUGCCGAUAGCAAGAUCUUUCGUUCUCUUUUAUACGUUUUUCUAAUCGUCAAUUCAUCUAGCUCUCAUAAGUAAUUAUCUGGCCAUUUUGCCAAGCCUCAAGCAUAUUUUAUAUAUUUAAAAAAAUAUUCGAAGAAAAUCUUGACAUCAUAAGAAUUAACAUUAUUUGUAAAUAUGCAUUGUACGAUGUGCAUCUUUGUCGCAAAACAUUGUAUCAUGUCGCCUUAAUAUGCCUUUUAAGAGUAUCUUCGAAUAUAUAAAAAAAUUGUUUCAAACGAA